AUCUUUUGCUUUGAACAAAAAAUGUUGCACAACUGAUUGCCAUCAUAUGGUUGAUUAUGCUAGAAUUUUGGCUGAUUGAUUUUCGUUUAUCAACAAGAAAAAAUGAUGAAUAUUGUUAUGGAUGAUAAUAAUGGUGAUGAACUUCAAAAUAUUUGUCAUUCUAAUUCGAAUACAUUAUUGACCACAACAACAACAAUACCAACGUCGGAUACUGAUAAAAUUAAUGAUAAUUCAUCACAUCCACCAGUAGAUUCAACAACAACAUCAACCGAUUCAUCAUCAUCAUAUCAGAUUGAUAAACGAAAAAACAACACCAACAAUAGCCGAAAAAGACCAAUCAAGUAUCGUGCAACUAAACGACCCGAAUCCGAACGGAGAUUUCAAUGCGAUCAAUGUGAAAGUCGAUUUUUUACCCAAAAAGAUGUCAAACGACAUAUGGUUGUACAUACUGGUGUUCGAAAUUUUCCAUGUCCAUUCUGUAAACAAAGGUUUGGUAGAAAAGAUCAUCUAGUGCGACAUGCGAAAAAAAGUCAUGAUCAAGACACACGAUCGUGUAAACGACGAAAUACAACCACAACCAGUGACAAUAACAAUGUUCAAACCGAAACACCGGCAACAUCAACGACAUCAUCGUCGACUUUGACGAAAAAAUCAACCAAAAAAGCUUCGACGGGUAGGAAAAAUUCGAAACCAAAACAACAACUACGGGAUAAUUAUCAAACAACACAACCAAAUAAUUAUUCGACUGCCUUGAUUUCUACCUCUUCAUCCUCAUCAUCAACAACAAUCAACAAUUUACAAGUGAAUCUUAUUUACUUUAACAAUCGUGAUUCCACUACCUCAUCAUCAUCAUCACCAACAACAACAAUGCCAUAUGGAACAAGAUCAUUAUCGAAUGAUAAUAAUAAUCAUCCGCUAAUUAACAUGUUUACUCAUUCUACCUCAACAAUGCCAGUCGGGUCAUCACCAACCAAAAUUAUCUACGAUGAUAUUGUCAGUGCUGCUGCUGAUAAUUCAGUCCCAAUCAUAACAACAACAACACCACCAUCAUCAACAAGAAAUAAUUAUAAUAACAAUCAUUCGGUCCAUUUUGAUAAUAAUUAUUCACAACAACAACAACAAUAUUGUUCACCACCGCAGCAAGAUUACACUAAUUUAGAUUUCAAUUCUGCAACCAUUUCAAACAUCACCACCACAGCUGUCAAUUAUCAUGCUGAUAAUGCAACGGCAUCAGGUUUACAGCAAUGUUUCCCAAUAUCUCAAUCCAAGACAGCAGCAUUGAAUCCGAAUUUCCAAACUGAUACCCCAUUUUGUUUGCCAUCACUUUCUAAUUUCAAACAACCAACUACAUUAUCAUCUUCGUUGAGAAAUUGUCGACCCCAUUCACAUCCACAUCAGCUACCACCUCUCCUUCCCCCUCCGCCCAUUCUUCAACCUUCUCAUCAUCAUCAUCAUAAUCAACAUCUCAAUUCACAUGUUCAACAUCAUCUUGAUAGCUCAAAUCAAUCUACGGGUCAUACUAUUGAAUCAUCCUCUUCGGUUAAUUUUAAUCCGAUCGGUGAAUCGAUUUAUAACCAACCUCAAUCUCAGCAACAAACGGCAACACAAAUUAGUUUAAAUAACAAUUUUUCAUCUACCUCAAAUCCUAUUCAAUCAUUGUUGAUUGAUGAAACUAUCACUCAGGGACAAUAUCAUCAUCAGCAUCAAGCUCAUCAUCAUGUUCACCAUCAUCAUCACCAACAACAACAACAGCAUCAUCAUCAUCAUCAUCGUGAUCCAUCAUCAUUCGAUUCGAUUUAAAUUGUCGUUGUUGAAUUUGAUUUAUAAAAAUAGGAUUGGAAAAGAAUUGUUUCAAACAAAAUCCCGGUUAACACAAACUUGUCUCAAUUAUUGAUUACCUCAUCAUUAUGUUUCUAUUAUUAU